GGAGAAUCUGAGUUUUCAUAUUCUUUCAAGUCAUGGUAUUGCUUCAGAGUUUAUCCUGUUCUUUUAACAGGAAAAAGUGCACUGGAGCACAUGAAACAAAUCCUUCCUGGAAUGAAGGAAACUAAAAUUUUAUUUGUUAAAAUUAAAAGACUUUGUUUACUCUUUAAGAAUGGAAUAAGCCUUACGUUUUUUCAUUUCCCCAAAAGAAAGGGUUGUGAGCUUUACUGGAUGUAACUGGAUGAUGUGCAUGUUGAACUAUUUUUUUUUUUUUAAAGGAGUCUUCCAUCUAAAUUUCCUCAUAUUUUAUUUACUGAAAGUUCAUUUGAUAGCAAUGUUACCCGCUUGUUUCCUAGCAAAACAUGAAAUAAUUCAAUGUUGCUGUAAGCAUAAAAUAAGUAGAUCAACUUUUUAAAAGCAUUCUAGGUGGCUUUCAUUGUGAGGAGUUUAAAAAGUGCAUCAUCUUUUUCUUCCUUUCAGGUUGGGUUUAAGCACUGUAGUAAUGAUUCUGAUAGUCAAAACACUAAUUUGCCUCCCUGGUCUACAUUCAGUGUUGAACUGAACUUCAGCCCUUGUGCAACAGUCACUGUUGGAAAAACAUCAUAAAAUCACUUGGACUAAUGAUAAAACAUGGCCCAACUUUCUACCUAAAGUAGAACUAUGUGUUGUAAUUAAUUGAAAUGUGCCUUUGGUAGGUCUCCUGCAGAAUCAAACAGAAAAUCUGCCCUGACAGCGGAUUGUUCUAAUAAAGUUCUGGCUUCUUUCUGAUCAAUAUUUCCCAAUUAAUUGGAUGAAAAUAAAGCUUUGAGUAUGUGAACUAAGUUACCAUACAAAUUUUCCUUAUCUUAGACUGCAGAUAAUUACACUAUCGGAUCUGGAAUGUGACUACAUUAACGCUAGAUCUUGCUGCUCAAAACUCAAUAAAUGGGUAGUCCCUGAGUUGAUUGGCCAUGCUAUUGUAACGGUAUUAAUGCUUAUUUCAUUGCACUGGUUCAUCUUUCUUCUUAAUUUGCCAGUAGCAACAUGGAAUAUAUAUAGGUUCAUUAUGGUGCCAAGUGGAAACAUGGGGGUAUUUGAUCCCACAGAGAUCCAUAACCGAGGACAACUGAAAUCACACAUGAAGGAAGCCAUGAUUAAACUAGGUUUUCAUCUGCUCUGUUUCUUCAUGUACCUUUACAGUAUGAUUCUGUCUUUGAUAAAUGAUUGAGAAGUUGAAAAAGAACCAUUAGCUGCCAAAUUGGGUCAUCACUCCAGUGACUGGUUGUGGAGCCACAGACACCUUCCGAACGUACCUAGACCGGUGUCGUCAUGCAGUAUAUUUUUCCUCUUUGAACAAGAAAUAUUUUUCUGUAUUUUUAACAUAAAAUAUUUUCAAAAGACA